CUGAGAGAAAGAAGAGUUGUAACUCUCAAUCAACAUGACCGCUGUCAAAGGUGAGCACAUCAUUCAAUGUUUCAUGCAUUUUCAUAACUGUGGAAAAGUGAUUUGAACAUCUUACUACUGUAAUGUAAACCAUCUAAUUAAUGUAUUUUAAAUAGUUGAUUAUUCAUAGGAUAUUAGCUUCCUGCAAUUUUCCAACUAAGAAGAACAAACACUUGAAUUAAAAGGAAUAUAAAUACUUUGUCCAAUAAAUAAAUAGAUAAAUAAAUAUGUUUUGUAUAAGUAGGGGUUACGUUUAAUUAAAUUACUAAAAAGGCACUAUUAUGGGGCAAGUUUAGCAAAACAGUGUGUCAAGUCAAUUGCUGCAUGCACGUAGGCAAUGAUAUACAUAAAUAGUAGACAUGCUUCCAUUAGGUAAACGUAGUAUAUGUGAUGUAGGGUGCUAAGAGGGAAAGGCUGAUAACAAGCCAUACAGCUGUAUAGCUACAGUAGGCUGUAAUCAUAACAUUUUGCUUUUACUUCUUAUUAACUCAAUAUCAGUGAAUCGCUGACAUCUGCUGCCUUUGUUUAAUUAAUGGUUUUGAACUGUUAAUUAACUUUUUUAAGUGUUUCAAAUCAAUUGAUUAUAGAAAUACAGUGCCUUGCAAAAGUAUUCAUCCACCUUGGCGUUUUUCCUAUUUUGUUGCAUUUCAACCUGUAAUUUAAAUGGAUUUUUAUUUGGAUUUCAUGUAAUGGACAUACACGAAAUAGUCAAAAUUGGUGAAGUGAAAUGAAAAAAAUAACUUGUUUCAAAAAAGUCUAAAAAAUAACGGAAAUGUAGUGCGUGCAUAUGUAUUCACCCCCUUUACUAUGAAGCCCCUAAAUAAGAUCUGGUGCAACCAAUUACCUUCAGAAGUCACAUAAUUAGUUAAAUAAAGUCCACCUGUGUGCAAUCUAAGUGUCACAUGAUAUGUCACAUGAUCUCAGUAUAUAUACACCUGUUCUGAAAGGCCCCAGAGUCUGCAACACCACUAAGCAAGGGGCACCACCAAGCAAGUGGCACCAUGAAGACCAAGGAGCUCUCCUAACAGGUCAGGGACAAAGUUGUGGAGAAGUACAGAUCAGGGUUGGGUUAUAAAAAAAUAUCUGAAACUUUGAACAUCCCACGGAGCACCAUUAAAUCCAUUAUAAAAAAAUUGAAAGAAUAUGGCACCACAACAAACCUGCCAAGAGAGGGCCACCCACCAAAACCCACAGACCAGGCAAGGAGGCCAUUAAUCAGAGAGGCAACAAAGAGACCAAAGAUAACCCUGUAGGAGCUGCAAAGCUCCAGAGCGGAGAUUGGAGUAUCUGUCCAUAGGACCACUUUAAGCCGUACACUCCACAUAUCUGGGCUUUACGGAAGAGUGGCCAGAAAAAAGCCAUUGCUUAAAGAAAACAAUAAGCAAACACGUUUGGUGUUCGCCAAAAGGCAUGUGGGAGACUCCCCAAACAUAUGGAAGAAGGUACUCUGGUCAGAUGAGACUAAAACUGAGCUUUUUGGUCAUCAAGGAAAACGCUAUGUCUGGCGCAAACCCAACACCUCUCAUCACCCCGAGAACACCAUCCCCACAGUGAAGCAUGGUGGUGGCAGCAUCAUGCUGUGGGGAUGUUUUUCAUUGGCAGGGACUGGGAAACUGGUCAGAAUUGAAGGAAUGAUGGAUGGCACUAAAUACAGGGAAAUUCUUGAGGGAAACCUGUUUCAGUCUUCCAGAGAUUUGAGACUGGGACGGAGGUUCACCUUCCAGCAGGACAAUGACCCUAAGCAUACUGCUAAAGCAACACUCGAGUGGUUUAAGGGGAAACAUUUAAAAGUCUUGGAAUGGCCUAGUCAAAGCCCAUACCUCAAUCCAAUUGAGAAUCUGUGGUAUGACUUAAAGAUUGCUGUACACCAGCGGAACCCAUCCAACUUGAUGGAGCUGGAGCAGUUUUGCCUUGAAGAAUGGGCAAAAAUUCCAGUGGCUAGAUGUGCCAAGCUUAUAGAGACAUACCCCAAGAGACUUGCAGCUGUAAUUGAUGCAAAAGGUGGCUCUACAAAGUAUUGACUUUGGGGGGGGGGUGAAUAGUUAUGCACGCUCAAGUUUUCUGUUUUUUUUGUCUUAUUUCUUGUUUGUUUCACAAUAAAACAUAUUUUGCAUCUUCAAAGUGGUAGGCAUGUUGUGUAAAUGAAAUGAUACAAACCCCCCAAAAAAAUCAAUUUUAAUUCCAGGUUGUAAGGCAACAAAAUAGGAAAAAUUCCAGGGGGGUGAAUACUUUUGUAAGCCACUGUACUAGUGCGGAAACUGGAACCAGGUUUGUAAGUCUGAGAUAGUUCCAGGUACAGUCCCCAUUUACUCAUGAUACGUUUCGUAACAGAAUCACUUCUGUUUUGAAGGUUUGAGAAUUUUCAGUUUUCUGAUAAUGUGAUGAGCCAUAGGGGGAUUUUUGAAGUUGUUUUUUGGGUAUGCUAUGAUAUCUUUGAACAACCAAUAAAUUGGUGCAUCCCCUUCUGUUACCACCAGAUGUCCUUACUAUGUCUUCGUUGCACCCUGCACAACAGGGAUCCUCAAUUACAUUAGUCCGUGGGACGAUAUUUCCUUGAGUGGAUGGUCGGUGGGACGGAACCUAGUUAUAAAUGAUGUGUACACUGCAAAUUAACUGCAAAAAUCCCAAACAGAUAUAGUAUUUGACAAAAACAGAAUAAUUUCAAACCUUGAUUACAUUGGGAUACGAUCACAUAUGCCUCUCUAUUUAUGCAAGGGAAUAAUUGGGAACAUAUUUUCUAAAUGACAAUCACUUUGAGCUGAUUUCUUGGUGAUUUUACAGUGUUUUAUAUCCAAUAAACAUUUGAUGCUCAGAAAACUUGGGGGGCCAAAUAAAAUCACCUGUGGGAUGAAUUUGGCCUGCUGGCCGCUUAUUGGGGAACCCUGCGGUACAAUCUAAAUACUUAAACAGUUGAGAAAACUCAGAUUAAUUAUUGACACUUAUAAAAACAAUUUAUGCUAAUAACAAGGGACAUCAACCCCCAUGUGUCUUGAACUCUUUCCAAAGGUUGUUCUUAUAGUCAACUAACAUAUCAGUCUAUUUAUCGAUCAACUGGCACUCUAGAGCUUUAACCACACCUUAUCUGAUUUUCAGAUAUUCAAGUCUUAGUACCAGCUCUACUGAUCUGGACCUACUUUGACGUAAGAACAAUGGAUGAACACAAUCUUCAGUUUACCAUAUCAUACAAUAUCAUUUAUAUGAAGUAUCAAUAGUCUUUAGAUCAUCUUUUUCAGACAAUCAAUUAACUGAUAUGUUGAUAACUCACUUAAUAACAUGACACAUACUCUACCCACAAAAACGCACAAACACUACACUGGUACUAACCACAGUCUUUCAUUCAAGAGCAUACUGUAUAGCACAACUUCCUCUCAGGAAGUGGUAUACUCAUUUGAAAGCAUGCCAUUUUAUCAAGGGGCAGGAUGCAGGGUACAUUGUGUCUGCUUUAUUUUGGACACAGUUUACUGAACCUGAACCAAACACUAAUAUAUUUGAAUUACAUUUUAUUUGAAUUCAAGGCAUACGAUUACACCAGUCAAUCAUCAAUUACCCUGAUUUACAGUAUGUCCCAUUGUCUUUUUUCAGACUUGCUUCUCUCAGAAUGAAAACAUGACUACAGAGUCCACUGAAUACACUGAUUACCCCACGGACCAGAAUGACUUGGAUUAUGACUAUUGGUCCCAGCAAUGCCUGAAGGAAUCCAACCGCCACUUCCGCUCCUGGUUCAUGCCCACCUUCUACUCCCUCAUCUGUUUCCUCGGUCUGGUCGGUAACAUCCUGGUAAUCGGUACCUACGUCUACUUCAACCGACUGAAGACUGGGACCGAUGUGUUCCUGCUCAGCCUGUCCGUUGCCGACCUGCUGUUUGCCGUGUCGUUGCCCCUCUGGGCGACCAACUCCAUGACGGAAUGGGUGCUGGGGCUGUUCAUCUGCAAGGCCAUGCACACCAUCUAUAAGGUCAGCUUCUACAGCGGCAUGUUCCUCCUCACCUCCAUCAGCGUGGACAGGUACGUUAUUGCAAAUGAGAACGUGUUCUCAAAGACUAAUCUGGUUAAAUAAAAGCCUGAGAACAAUCUGUUUGGUCGAAACGUGUUGCAGUAUGCGUCCUGCUGUGACCUAAUAGGCUGAUCUGCUCCUAUCUCUGCUGUGACCUAAUAGGCUGAUCUGCUCCUAUCUCUGCUGUGACCUAAUAGGCUGAUCUGCUCCUAUCUCUGCUGUGACUUAAUAGGCUGAUCUGCUCCUAUCACUGUAAAUAUUUGUGUAUGGUUCACUAAAGUACUAUAUGUGCAAUAUAAAAGCCUACUUUUUGUCAUUUUUCCGACAGGUACUUCGCCAUCUCCAAGGCCGUCUCUGCCCACCGCCACCGCUCCAUGGCAGUGUUCAUCAGCAAGGUGACCUCUGUGGCCAUCUGGGUGACGGCGCUGGUCUUCUCCAUGCCCGAGAUGUCCUACACCACCAUCAGCAACAAGACCUGCACCCCCUACGCCGCCGGCUCAGACCAGGUGCGCGUGGGCAUCCAGGUGAGCCAGAUGGUCCUGGGGUUCGUUCUGCCGCUCCUAAUCAUGGCCUUCUGUUACGGCGCCAUUGUGAAGACCCUGUGCCAGGCCCGGAGCUUCGAGAAGAACAAGGCCAUCAAGGUGAUCUUGGCUGUUGUGGCGGUCUUCCUGCUCUGCCAGGUGCCCUAUAAUCUGGUACUGCUGCUGACCACUCUCGACGCGGCCAAGGGGGGCAGCAAGGACUGCGCCUACGACAACAGCCUCCUCUACGCCUCUGACAUCACCCAGUGCCUGGCUUUCCUGAGGUGCAGCCUCAACCCCUUUGUGUACGCGUUCAUCGGGGUGAAGUUCCGCCGCGACCUCCUGAAGCUGCUGAAGGAUCUGGGCUGUAUGAGCCAGGAGAGAUUCUUCCAGUACACCUGCGGCAAGAGGAGGAGCUCAGCGGCCGCCAUGGAAACCGAGACCACAACCACUUUCUCCCCUUAAAGCUGCCAAUGCUGCCUAAUCUGUCAGCCUUUUCAACAUGGACAAGACCUUGAACACAGCCUGUGUUUAUUUCAGAUUAUAUUUUAUACGUUUGCUUGUAAGUGUUCUAUAGGUCACUGAAAAUGUCUAAAUGACAUAUAUGUUUGAUGUAUCAGGCAGCUUACUUGUCGCCACCAGGUAUUGAUUUAGAUCAAGUCUGUACCUUUCAAUUUUUUCCCGUUAUAGAGCUGCCAGUGGAGGACCAUCACUGUAAAUACUCAGUCUUUGUAUUAUUUCUGUGUUGUUUUGAGUCUUAUUUUCAAAGUCUUGUAAAUAAAAAAGUGUACUCUGGUCUCUGAGCUGUCAUUUGA